UUUUGUUUAUUAUUUUCGGUCGACGUUGACCCUUGAUUACAUCCUUGUCUUGAGUCAAAGCUGCUCCUGCCAUCCCCGAAGAGAGCUCUGUACCAUCCCCAUUUCACACGGGUCCGACCGUUAAACGCACCGCGACCCGGGUCGCAUCGCCUGCAGCCACCUGACAAGCACCAUGAGUGUUCUGCUGGAGACCUCCCUGGGGGAUAUAGUUAUCGACCUUUUGGUUGACGAGUCGCCCAAGGCAUGUGAGAACUUCCUGAAGCUAUGCAAGAUUAAGUAUUACAACUUUUCGCCCGUCCACAGCGUCCAGAAGAAUUUCACCUUUCAGACCGGAGAUCCGCUGGCCGAGUCCCCUGAGAGCGAUGGCGGGUCGAGCAUCUGGGGCGUGUUGGACGGCCCUUCCAAGAGAACCUUCGCCCUCCCCGUCCCACCCAAGCUGAAACACGAUGUCAAGGGCACGGUCAGCUUGGCGACUGUCGCUUCCCCGCACGAUCCGGAUGAGCGCAUCGCGGCCAGUCAGUUUAUCGUCACGCUGGGGGACAACCUCGACUACCUCGAUGGGAAGGCCGUGAUCUUUGGGAAGGUGGUGGAAGGGUUCGACGUGCUGGAUAAGGUCAAUGACUCUUUCAUUGACGGUGCUGGCCGACCGCUCAAGGAUAUCCGGAUCCGCCAUACUGUUGUUCUCGACGACCCGUUCGAUGACCCCCCCGGUCUGGUGGAGCCUGCGGAGAGCCCUGUCCCGUCCAAGGCGCAGCUAGCUACGGUGCGGAUCGCCGAUGAUGAAGAACUUGACGACAAUAUGGAUGAAGAGUCAAUGGAGAAGCUCCGGCGAGAGCGGGAGGCACGAGCACAAGCCUUGACUCUAGAGAUGGUCGGCGAUCUCCCGUUCGCAGAGAUCAAGCCGCCCGAGAAUAUUUUGUUCGUUUGCAAAUUGAAUCCAGUUACUCAAGAUGAGGAUCUCCACCUGAUUUUCAGUCGCUUUGGACAGAUUCUCUCAUGCGAGGUCAUCCGAGACAAGCGGACCGGGGACAGUCUCCAGUAUGCCUUCAUCGAGUUCGAAAACCAAAAAGAUUGCGAGCAAGCCUACUUCAAAAUGCAGGGAGUCCUCAUAGAUGACCACCGGAUCCAUGUGGACUUCUCCCAAAGCGUUUCAAAACUGUCCGAGAGUUGGCGGAAUGCCACUGUCACGAAAAGAAGCGGUCAGCGUGGUGGCUUCGGUGGCGUCGCAGGCCUCGAGCAGAAACGACAGUAUCGGGCCUCGGACACGGCCACCACCACGCGUCCCGACGAUGACUACGGGAUGGUAUUUAGAAAGAACGAGUCGCGGCGACGGUCCCCCAGCCGAAGUAGUCCCCCGCGAAAGAGCGCCCCUCGCGACCGACGGGGCAGCGGGAGUCCCCCGCCCGAGUCGCGCCGGCAUCGAUAUCGCGACCGAUCGCACAGUCGCAGUCCACACCGCGGGGAACGGAGCUAUCGGGAGAAGGACCGAAGUCGAUACGACGAUCGUGAUCGUGAUCGAGACCGUCGCCGUGAUCCACGAGAUGAUCGGUAUCGGGACAGACGCCGUUGGUAGUUACAACAGCGCCGACAGCAUUGAUCAAUCGCAUAAAUUUGGUAAACAAAGA